AUGAUCAUGUUGGUAUGGGUAAUUGCGUUGGCAGCCAAUGUCCUUAUGUUAUUCAUGUACGAAGAACAGACUUAUAAUGGCAAUGGGUUGACAUGCGCAUCAACCUUCAAACCUAUCUAUCAACUUGCUAAUCAGGUGUAUUUGACCAUUGUACUGCUAGCGAUUCCGUUGGUGAUCAUGACGGUGCUAUAUGGAUCUGUAAUCCGCUCACUUAGGCUUGGUAUACGGCUAGAAAUAGCCGCUCUCGACUUGGUGGAUCAAGAAAGCAAACGCUCUGACAGCAUCGAUGAGAACAACGAUGACCAGAAGCAGAGAAUGUCAUUCUUCCACAAAUUAUCCGUGAAAACAAGAACACUCGCCACCAUCCCGAUUUUCAGGGAGGCCGCAAUGAGAACGCGAAAUGAUAUUCCACCAUUGGGAAAUAGUCUCCGCUCUACACACAGGCAAAAAAGUGCUAUAGCUAAACAACGUGUGAUAAGAAUGCUAAUCGUUGUGGUGAUCAUUUUCUUUUGUUGUUGGACUCCAUCAUAUGUUUGGUGGUUGCUCGUAUAUGCUGGUGAUUCUUUUGAGAGCCUCGAACUUAAUGUAUGGAAUUCGAAUGUAAACACAUUCAUCACUGUACUUACAUAUAUCUCAUCAUGUGCUAAUCCGAUCACCUACUGUUUCCUUAACAAAAAAUUCCGUACAGCUGUUUAUACAAUGUUCGGCAGGAAGAAGGUUUUACGGCAUCAUUUCCAAAAGGUACGUUAUCAAUCAAAAGAGUCAAUAUUUUGUCAGGUUCAUAGUACUUUAAAUAUCCAGCCCUGGAGAAGAAUUCGGCGCUCAUAUGAGCCGAUAUGAAG